AGCCGUUGUGGAAGAGCGGCCGCACGGCCCGCACGACUCGCUGUGUGCGCGUGUGUGCGUGUGUAUUCGUAUGCGCGCGUGUGGUUCAGGUCGGGCCGAGAGAUUUAACCGUGUGGGUGAUUUUAUGGAGUAUCUGCAGUUGAUGGAUUUAUGGCGUCGAGAAUCACGUUGCUGUGUUGUCUGCUAACGGUAGCGUCGUCCAGUUCCUGCGACAAAGAGGGCCAGUGCAUUCCGAGGGGCAUCAACUUCACUCGCCUGUCUGGUGCAAAACUGGUAGCGGUGAAAGGUGAGCCCCUCCUGCUGGACUGCUCGGUGUCGGUGCUGCCGGAGCUGGCUCCGUACAACAUCACCUGGAAUCACAAUGGAAAGCCAUUGGACUGGAGCAUCACAGAAUACACUGUGCUGUCGAAUGGUUCCCUGCUCAUCGAGCAGUUUGCCUACCAGAAGAAGAAGAAUGGCCGAAGGGAUAAUGGCACAUAUACUUGCAUGGUGCACACAAAGGCUGGCACCAUGUUCAGUCGCCCAGUUCAAGUUGAACUAGCACGCAUGCCCAAAGGCUUCUCCGAGGAGCCUCAACCAUUGAGCGUUGCUACUGGCAGCAUCGCGAGGUUUGCGUGCCAUGUCAUGUCUGUACCAGCUGCGCUGUACAACUGGCAGCGCAACUUGGAGGAUGUGCCGCCUGACGAUAAACGGUUCACACAGCUCUCUUCUGGGGCCCUGCAGAUUGUUAAUGUUACAGCUGCUGAUGCUGGAAGCUAUCGCUGCAUUGCGAAAAGUGCUGCAAAGACCCAGUACAGUGCUGAAGCUGCAUUGACAGUGUUACAGUCAGCUCGUCAUGUGGAAGCCCCUGAUCAGCCGCCAGAGUUCCUAAACCCAUCUUCUCAGGAGCUGACACUUGUUACGGGAGACACAGUUGAGCUUGAAUGCUUUGCCAGGUCAUCACAGCACACUUUUGUCACAUGGAUACGGCAAGGUGGAGCACUUUUGCCUGAAGGCCGCAGCACUUAUUUCGGUCAAGGUAAUUUACGGAUUACCAAUCUGACUCGAAGCGACGCUGGUACCUACAAAUGCCUUAUCAGCACAUCGCGAACUACAGCUACCGAGACACUUUCAUUAGCAUCCCAGUCACACACAUUGACCAUUUAUGAACCCCCAACCUUUGCAUCAGACAUGAUAAGUCGAGUUCGCCCCGCUGCUCGUACAGUUCGAUUCGAUUGCGAUGCCCAGGGAUAUCCUCCACCUGAAGUGCGCUGGUUCAAAGAUGGCCAGCCCCUAGUCAUCAAUGGUCGCAUUAAGGUGAUGCGGUCGGAGGACAACAAGUAUCUGCGGAAGGUACGGCGCCACAUGGUUGAAGAAAGUGGCCCGCCGCACCAGCGGCGCCCCGCGAGCAAUGUGCUCGUCAUCUCUCACCCAGUCAAGCGUGAUGCAGGCUUUUACCAGUGCCUGGCAACCAACAUAGCUGGCCUAAACACCCUUGCUGCUCGACUGGUGCUGAAUGCCUCAGGGGACCAGCCAAGCCCUCCGACUGGUCUGAAGGCUGUGACAAAUUCAAGCACAGCCAUUCUGCUUUCCUGGAAUCCCUCUGCCAUAUCGCCGGGACAGACAAUCCAGGCCUACUCAAUCCACUACCUCCCCACAGCCGGUGGCAAUGAGCUUCAGAAGGUCUCUGUGAACACGGCACUCCUUAUAGAAAAGCUGACGCCAUUCACCAACUACACAUUCUACGUGCGAGCCUACAGUGGCAAGAGCGCCAGCGAGCAGUCGGAGAAAGUCACCCAAAUCACUGGAGAAGAUGUGCCACUUGGUGCACCAUCUGUGACUGUCACCAGCCUUACUCCCACAACCAUGCACAUCUCGUGGACUGAGCUCCCUCCAACAGUUGCCAGGGGCAACAUCGCAUUCUACCGCAUCCACUACCGCCUGCACGGGCAGAAUUACAACAAUGUCUUGGUUGUCAAGGGAACCGUCCGAGAGUACACCAUCACUGGUCUGGAACAAACCAAGGAGUACGAUGUUCGAGUUAUGGCUGGAACAGCUGAAGGCUUUCCAGUUCUCUCGGAUGACGCUUGGCCCUGGGUCACGUACCGCAUGCCUCAUAAGUCCUCCUCAACUAUGCCAUUGCCUCCAGUUUUGUACCUGAUCGUCAUCAAUGCCACUACCCUGGAGGCCCGGUGGUCUGUGUCCCCCGAGGAAAAGAACCCGUUGUCGGGCUUCAGGCUGCGCUUUCGAGAGCAGGGCAGCCAGUUCCUGGACCCGAUUGUCCUGCCCCACACAACCUUCUCCUAUGUAGUCUACAACUUGAGACCUCAAACCUGGUACGAGGUGCAUGUAUCUUGCUUCAACCAUCUUGUGGAUGGCCAGGAAGCUGUACAGACAAUCCUGACCCACCCUGAAAACCUGACAGUAGAGGGUGACGUGGACCCACCCGGUGGCUUAGAAGCGGAGCCAACAUCGCCACGUUCUAUUCACCUGUCCUGGAAGCCUCCUAACUCUAUUCACAACAUCACCUACUACACUGUUCGCUACAGUGCUGUUCAUCCCCAAAACCACAUGAACUCUUCUGUGGUACAUUACGUUCGAAGCACGACACCGGAAGUGGUUGUGAAGGACCUGCAGCCAUACACGUUGUAUGGCUUCGCCGUGAGAUCCCACGAGGCUGACAAUCGCCCUGGCCAUUUCAGUCAGCUCAUCGAAUGUAGGACAAGCGAGGACACACCUACCGUGCCCCGAGACAUCACUUGGGCACCUGUCGACCUUGGCUCCAUAAGGCUCAACUGGCUGGUGCCUGAGUUCCCCAAUGGUGUAAUUCAGGCCUACCACAUCUUCUACAAUGCCAACGUGGUUGACACAACACAGGUUGACAAGUGGAAGAAUAAGCAAGAACCAGGCACGCAACUGACAUCUAUACUGAAUGGGUUGUCCAUCAACACGGUGUACUCAUUACGCAUGCAAGCCCAGACCACAGCUGGCCUUGGUCCCCUGACCCAAGUCAUCAAGUUUGUCAUCAGUGUGCCAUCACGCAGCACCAUCUCUCCGCACCCUCAAGCUGCAGGCCAGGAAGCAAACGAUCCAUCUCUGGGAAUAAUGCUGGGUGUACUGGCUGGCCUGUUGUGCAUGGCUGCAUGUGCAGUCAUCAUACUCUAUAAGAACAGCAAAUGCGGCUGUUCUGGUAGCAUCACGGAGCAGCAUGGACCGUCCAGUGGCAGGUCGUGCUUUGCAGCGUUUUUUGGUCAGUGCAAGAUGCCAGCCCCUGCUCGCGAACUUGAAGUACUUUCAGUUACUUCUCCCAGUCCUGGAAACCACCUUGACACAAAGGGAGGCUACCCAGCAACGCAGUGUAACGGCAAGACGAACGGGCAUGCCAGAGGGAAGCAGCCAAAUGGCACAGCGCCAAACGGACAUGUGGGCAACGGCAGCGCCGUUUGCUUUAUGAAACCUUCUAGUUCGCAAAAGCAAAGGACCGACGAGGACCCAGAACCUCGGCUCCCAUUGCCGCGCAGCCAGCAUCGUUACAAUGCUCACGACUGCUCCGUGCAAGAAGACGGGGACGCGUGGGACCCAGACGCCGUGCCGGCACCUACGCCGCUCCUUGCAGACGACUCUGCCGCGAGCGGAAUUUGGAAAGCUACCGACAACUCGACAGCCGCCGAGGACGGCACGCUCGACGUGGUGGUCGGCUCGGCCAACGACCAGAGUGCCUCCUUGCGUCUCCUGCGCAGUGGUCCGUCAGAACAGACCAGUGUGACGUUGCACAGUUCGGGGGAGACCAAAAACCUCGUGGGACCCAUCUAGUAGAACUCGUGGGGACCUACUGCUCGCGGGGAAAAAGAAAAAGAAAUUGGAGAGAUGGACAAAGCUCAGCACUACCCUUGUGCAGGUUCCUUGCUGACAGUGUUGUGUGCUGGCCAUAUGUCGCUUGAAAGUCACCGAAAUUUCUGUGUGAGCCAACAAACUAGGGGAAAAAAAAGAAGGAAUGGCAGGUAGGCGUAAAAAUGACAUUGGAGCUCGUGCGUUUAGGAAGAGGCUCUGUGCCUUGUUAGUGUACAUUGUAAAAAAAAAAAAUUUAUUUCCGUCGCUUUAUCAAACAGCCUCAAGGUGUGGGCCCAUUGGCCAGCAGAUGCUAGUCAGGAGUGUAUGCCCAACUCGGCUGUUGUCCAAGAACCACGUUGGCAUAUGAUGGCACGACAUUGUGCGCAAGGAACCUCGGUCUGUAGCUAAGUCAUUUGUUUGACUUUCCUGAUGUCCGGUGACUAGUGGAGACCCUCGCAGCAGCUUGAGUCAAAGCACAUUUUGCUCUUCGACCUGACACAUCAUGGCAAAGCACUAUAGUAUUGCUCGUUCCGAGCAUAUGUUACCGAUAGCAGUACAAACGUGACCAAACGGGGUAUUGACAGUGAUGAUGCUGGUGGCAAUGUAGCUAGGCAUUUCUUGCUAUUGGUAUGAGCAACUUAUUUGUUGGGUCUGAUGUCUCUACUUGUCCCUAAGGUCACAAGGUGUAAUUGAAAACAAAAUUUAACCGAGUUUUCAGUUGGCCGCUUUUCCGUCCUAGAGCACAAACAUUUAUAGUGAAGUGUGCUCUGCGUGGAAAAGAAACUGAAGCUUUGUGCGUGUGUGUUUUCUUCAUUACUUCAUAGAAAAAGCGGAGGAGGGGGGGUAAUUUUGUUCAAUGUCAUGAAAAGAAAUGCCUUAUAGCAUCUUCAUUGUCAACAGCUCCCCUGGUUGCAGCUUGCCUGAUGACAGCAGUGUAAUUUCUGAUAUGGUGACAAACUUGAAAAGCUUCCGUGCCACUGGUGGCAUGGUUACAAGAAGCUUGCGGCGAAAGCAGCUUUAUGUCCGAAAGUGGCAGAGGUUGCACAGGGGCAUACGGGGAAUCUCAUCUUUCGCUCUACUUCACGCUCAGGUUACUCAGCUAAGAAUCAUUACACACGCCCAGUGAAGAAAAAGAAAACACCAGUGUCGACCAUAAAUAGGAAACAGUGGUACAAGAAAAAAAAAACUCUGGACACACAAAGCAACAAAAGAAGCGGGUAUUUUUUUGUUUACUGUUUCCAUUUUUACACACAUAUAUAUUUAUACAAAGGCUUCACGCCAUUUCCAGUGUGUCCAUAUGAACGGCAGGCAGAAUGCUGAUGCUGCUAUUUUCUUUAGGCUCUCUUGCUCUCCACUGCUGAAUUGGCACUUUACUGACAAGGAGAGGUUGCUGGGGGAAAAAAAAGAUCGCAAACAAAAGUGUCUCAUUUGCCAAAUUUGUGCCUGACACAGAAACGUACGGGCUAACACCUCUCAGGGCACUGACACCACUUUCACGCUUUGUACCGACACCCGCAGAUUGCCCCUUCAGUCGUGCGUCAUAAUACCACAUUGCAACAAAAAAAAAAAAAAAAAUGGGGAGGGGGGCCUUCGUGUGCGGUCCCAGGGCCGCUGACUCGAUCGAUCACUUUUUGGCUGUAAUUACUUUCCAGUAAAUUAUCACGUUGCCGUAGCAACAGGCACCCGAAAACGUUUGAUAAGAGCACUUCAGCAUCACGGUGCAUAAAUAAUGCUUGCAAUGAAUGUUUACACUUCCCAGUUGCUUGCCUAACACGUGCUUGCACUGGUAAAAACCGGCCUGCAUACAGGCCGCGAAAGCAGCAUCUCUGAACUGAAAGCAGUGAUUUGGAAAUCCAGUUUCACCUCAUUCUUAAUUGACCAUUUUCGGCGAUGCGUUCAUUCUUUCAAUGACGUAACGCCCGAUGCCCCGCUUGAAUGACAUGCAUCAUCGUGUCAGCCCGUCUGCAAGAGGUGUGCACCACUCUUUUUUCGUUGCGCACAGGCCAAUCGGCACAAUCGGAAAGUUGUUAUCUCCAAACGUGGUCGAUCAGAAACACGACCACAGCUCCUUCAAAGACUUGUAUAGAUGCCGCUUCUUCCUUUUCCCUACUUCCAUUUCUCGUUCUCACCCCCCCCCCCCCUCCCCUCCCGCCCAACACAAUACGACCAGCAUGUCAUUAGGUGCGAGGACACUAAGAUCAGAAUCUCGCUAGGGAGAUGGCUUUUUCUUUUAACACGCGCAUGAAAAGGAUCAUGUGCCUGUACGUGUAAGCUUUCCUCGCUUUUGUGCUGCUUUUUACGAAGCAUUUAAGUCUUGAAAGAGAGAGAAAUUUUGGGGAACGACACUCCUCCUGGCACAUGCACACACACUCACACACAUUCACACAGACAAGCCAAAGUGCUAAAACAUAACGUGUGUGCACACUCACAAAAAGCACGUGUUCAGCGGUACAAAGAGCUGCCCUUCUUUCAUCACUCCAGGGACUCGCACGAACAGAGUCCUCGCUAAGGUACAAAGUACUGCAUUGCCCCAGUACGCCAAAGACAUGGCUACUCGUCAUUUGCUACACACAUUGCAGCCUAUGGUACUUUCUGCUUUGUUCCAUAACUAUAGCGUGUUAUGUUCAAAAAGAGAAAUAGUAUAUAUUUCAUGUGGACGUGCGUUAUUUUGUUUUUCUUUAUGAAAAAAUUUUAUACGUGAAGUCUCCUUAGCACGUGCAGUGGGGCUUUAGCAUUUGCAGUCCCCCGCAGCUGUUCGGUGGUAGGUGCUUCCCACUGCUGCACUCGAAAUCGCAGGUUCGGUUCGUUGCCACGACAGCUGUGUAGGAUGGAGUGCACUUUUCACGGAAAUCUCAUUAGCGCACUAAAUUACAGUGUGCGUCAUAGUUGGGACGAGACCAAGCUGGUGCCCUCGACGGUGCCUUAUCGCCUGUGUAGUGCCCCUGAGGCUGGAAAACAACUCCAGCUUAAAUUCGUAUGAUAAUGUCCGUGAAUACUCGAUAAAAUUUCGUUGCAAUGAAGGCCAUGUGCUUUGAGACUGUCAUUGUUGCCGUUGAGUUUUAUUCAUGACUAAGGUUCGGGAAGAAACCUCAACAUUUAAGGGGGAAAAAAAACUUAUCAUAUUGAAGAAAACCGUGUUCUAAUGAGGCUUCACUUUGCCACUAGAGAGCCGCAUUGUUUUCACGGUGGCAAAAAUUUUUAUAAUUCUUUUUUUUUUCCUUCUUUUUGCAUUUCAUGUUUAGCUGAAAUGAAGAAAAAAAAAUCAAAAGAAGGGUCAUGGGCGUGCAACGACAGUGUAUAUAAUUACAACGUGUACCUUUUCACAAUGCUCAAGACGGCUCCCACCAUCAUGUCAUGCAUGCCACAUCAUCUCACAUUCACUGUGUCACUUACUCAUAAAGCCGCUAAUGUACAGCUUUUCCUCGUCAUCACACACUUAAGGUGCCAACUGCGUUGCUUGUCACAUAGCAAGAGAGACACUUGGGUAGUCACUCGGAAAGGAGAAAAAAAAAAACAUUUCCCUUCCUAAUUCUUCAAAGGCGUGUUAGCCACUGUUUCUGUGUGUUAUUUGCUGCUUGUAGGCGGCAGGCAAUGACGCAGGUUUGGAAGAGCAAAAGAGAAAAAAAAUACAUUGCUGAAGAAAGCAAAAAAGAAAAAGGGCAGAAUUUUUUUUUUCUGCUUGAUGUUCUGUCAUCAGCCUUGCUUGCGAGCUCUUGUUUUGGAUUCACUGGGGAAAUGACUCCGAUUGCAGGGAGAAAAAAUAUAUAAUAUAGGAAAGCAUGCUGCCUUUGUUAUCACUCCUCAUUUUUCACAUUUUUUCGCAGAUGUCCAUUCCAGCAGAGAAAUAAUAAUAAUAAAGAAGAUAUAUUUUACAUUAAAGUACUCGCUUUAAAAAAAAAAUCUCAGGUGCUUUUGACGCGUGGAACUCCUAAAAGAACGGGCCGCACGGUGCCGAACGGCUCGCGGUGACGAGAAAUAGACAAAAAGAAAAAAAUGUUGAAGCUUGCCAUGCAUUUGGGCAGAAGCCUCGCGUAUCUUUUGCCGUGGUGAAAAAAAUGUGGAACAAAACGGUGAUGUUUUACUCACAUGCAAAAUGUGCCAGCUUGAAAUGGCCCGUGAAUAUGGCAGUGUAGAACGACAGUGAUAACAAGCAGGCGCGGAUGACAAGACAAAUGGGCGUGAUUGUAUAAAAAAUGAGAAAAGCCACAGGAAAAGCCAAUGGUUGGUCUCGAGUGCACGCUGAUUUUCCACAAUCAGACUUAUUGUUGUCCACUUGUUUCCUGUGCCUUACAGUGUUAACAGUCUUCUGUAAGAUGCAGUGUCAAAAAAAAAGAAAAGGGGGACUUGAAGGGAGGCUCUAUUAAAGAUGAAGCAUGCCACCUGAAUAUUAUUUGGAGGGCUGUGUUUCAAGGCCCGACGCCACAUAGGCAUCACGUAGCUUGGUCCUGGAAAUCGGGCCUUUGCAUUUGCAUGCAUAGGGCUCUGUGAGCAAAGAGACUGGUGUGGGAAAAAAAUUUAAAAAAAAAACGACAAAAAAAUUUAGCAGGGUACUUAAGGAUGCAAGACGUAGCACUGUUAAAUUCAGGUGUCUUUUUUUUUUUUUUCGUCAACCAUAGUUGCGUACUGCCUUUUUGUUUGACCAGAGAUUCACGGAGUAUAUUUUUUCUCUCUUCUUGAGGGCUGGACUUUUGUUGGAAGCUUACUUUUUAUCCCUUAAAGUAUAUAGGUCCACUCUGCACGUGUUAAUAGUUUUUUCCAUUGAACUCAUCUGUUGGCAUUUUCUGCAGGGUGGAUACAUGGUUUCAUAGGAGUGUCCGUUUAAUCCGUCUUUUUUUUUUUUCCGCAUGUGUUGUUUGUGCGCGUGUGUCCACUGAGAAUGUGCUUUUUUUUUUUUUUUUUUUGAGCCAGCUAUUUUUUCAAUCUUAUCUACCUCAACUUGUUUUAUACCUGUGUGCAUGUGUAGAUUACAUCAUGUUAUUUUUUGUCACUUUUAUUCAUUGUUCAACAGACGGCAUAGCAGGGGCUGUUUCUCAGGGAAAUAUGUAAGAGCAGGAGAUGCAGGAGAAUAAGAGAGACAGAAAGAAGGUGAUGUGAGAGAGAAAAAACAAAUCAUCAAGCCCUGUGGCUAAUGCCAUUUCACCUGUGUAAUGUUAUGAUAAGCGUUGUUUGUUUUGUCGUCACUUUUUUUUUUACACUCUUCUUUUUCUCUUUUGUGACAUGUCUCCGAUGGUACGUUAGUAACGCAGAGGUGGACCAUGAUGUUGUAUUAUUUCGAGACUUGCUUAAAGAAAAACGUGAAUAUUGUAUCCGCUUAUUGAGCCAUUUUUUGUGCAUUUAGUGAGCUCACUUCUCUACUUCAAACACUUGUUAUCCAGUGUCCUUUUUUUCUUUUUUGUAGUCCUUGUGAAUAAGUUGGCGUUAGUUCCUCUUAGUAGAAAGGAAGGAGAAAGAGGAAGUCUAGUGCAGGUCGGGAGACUCAGGCUUGUUUCGUCGUGCAGUGCCACGCAACCGCGUUGGCCGCACCAGAUGACAGUCUCUGAGGUUUGACACAUGGUGUUGCAUAUAUCCCUGCUGCAUGUAUAUUUUAACGCAUACAUGCACAAUCAUCUCUGUGAGAAGUUUGGGAAGAAGUGCAUUUUUGAGCGUUAUUGAAAGGCUACUCCCACAGCAGGCUGGCAGACCAGUAGUGUGCAGUGAAAGGAGCAACAGACAUGUUGUGCUGCAUAUAACUGCAUGUGUUCGUCACAUCCUCUUUGUUAUUCUGUCCCCCUAAUUUGUACUGCUCUCAUUUGUAUGUUGUAUACAUUGAGCUUAGAAACAUACAAUGUUGUCUAGAGUGCCCCGAGAAAGUACCUGGUGCCGUGCAAGGUAGCUGUGUCGUGGUAAAGCACUAGGUAUUAGUGACUGUUUAUGUUGUUAAAUGAUCGUACCACUCGUUAGUCGUGUUGUGUGUACAAAAAUGUUUACAUUAGCCUGCACAGUCUCAUUGGUACAAUCAAAAGCCUGCCAUCUUUGUUAGGGGCCACAAAUUGUGAUUUUCACUCCGUUUCCGACUCGGGUUGCGGCAAGACGAUACGGUAGCCGAAUGAGAGCUAAGAAACAUUGCUAACGGGUCAGGGUAGGCAGUAGCGUGGCCUGCAAUGAACUUGGCACGUAGGAGUAGUGCUACCUCUGCCCAGUUACACACCAAGCGCCACUUAAGUUCCUACCAUCUUGGUUUAUUCUGCCUUCAGACACCAUUUGUUCAGGCAUCGUUGUCAGUUCUCAAGGCUACAUUACCCGCAGUUGCCCCUAGCUAAAUGGGCAAGAAAAAUUUGUGUGCAUCAUCAUCAAUUCUCGCUUAAAUUUGAUUGGUUGUGUUUGUGGCACUUGCAUGCAGCUAUGUUGCACCUGGACACUUUCGUUAGUCAGCCUUGGUGUGGGAGAAGCCAUUCCUUGUGCAUGACUUAGCAUGUAUCUACAUUUACUCGGUGUCCUUUAGACUGUCGUGUUUCAGAAUAACCUGUGUGGACUUUGGUUAGGUUGUCAGGUGUCGUGUCUGUUGUGCGGUGGGGGGCACUGCUUGUGUCAUGUUUAUCUCGUGUUGGGUAAGCAGCUGCUGUAUGUGUCUGGAAAGUAUGCUCCAGCGCCCAGUGUGAGCAUCCUGUAACCUUUGUAAAAUGCUCGAAAUGUGUUGCCGAGACACACGGGACAAGGCAGUCGCGAGUGUGGUGUCUGGAGUACCACACCGCAGACUUCCUUCUCUGGCGAUGCGGUGUGCAUGUGCACUUCGGGAAGGCACUGUCCUAGACAGACUGGACUUUUUCACGUGUGUCGUAAUGCAAGCGAAUCUGAUCGAAAGUGUGAUGGGCCUCCCCUUCUGCAUGGCCCGAUUUCUCCGAUUUGCCAUAUCCACGGCGAAAUGAUAGACUGAUUUCACUGUAAGCUUCACCACGCUGUCACUGCUGGGAGGGUUGCAGGUUCUCAUAGUUGCUAGUGAACUGAAUGACUACUAAGGCUGUAAGGAGCAUUUAGUUUGUCGCAGGACAGAUUCCCCGGUGACUUCCUUCGUGCAUUCACUGAAACCUGGUAAAAGCCUGCUGUAAAGACUUGUUGCAUAUGCAUCUGUGUCCGAGCACUAUGCUGCAGAUUUGAUGCCCAGUCAUAGUAGCCAAAUCUAUAUAGAGACAAUGUGCUGGAACACUCGUGUACUUAAAUUUAUGUUUAUUUCCAAGAGUCCUGAAUCUGGAGACUUUCACUAAAGGCACUCGCCAUAGCCCAUUUGCUGCUCUGGAACAUUAUGACACCAUCAGUCAGUGAAUGAAUCAACCAAUUGAUUGAGCUCACACAAAAAAGCAGCAGCCAUGAGUGCAAUAUAGCACACUCAGUGGAGGCAAAGAAAAAAAUUCUUAAAUAUUUAUGAGAGCAGUUAGUAUAGGUCACACAACUCAACAGUACCGCAUACGCAAGCUUGGAAGUGGGGCGACUACGUGUUUCAUGGUAGCUGCAGAAAGCGCACGGACACGUACUGUUAGUGUGAUGAAAUCAGUCUGUUAAGGGAUUUGCAGAAGGAGAUCCAUGUAUGGCUAGGAUGUGUAAGAAAGAAUCCUAAUGGAAUGAAAUGUUGCAGAGCCAGGUGCAGAAUUCUUGAGCUUCCCGUCUUGCCAACAGCUUCGAGCAGGCAGUUCAACGUAAGGGACAAUGUGAAAAGUUUGGUCUGAAGGACAAGUCCUGUAGUGUGCAUAUUUAUGAGUUAUGAAUAUGAAGGCUGCGAAAAAUAUAUUAUGUAGCGAGAAGAAAACGAGAAAUGACAAAAUGAAAGUUUACUAAACUGUGGUUGCAAAGCAUGGUACUAUAUGAGGAAAAAUGUUACAGCAAGAACGCAUAUGUGCCUUAAUUUGUAUGGCCUGUUGAGUUGUUAUGUUUAUUUUGCAUUCCCUUCUACUUGUGAAGGGACACUCCUGACUAUUUUUCUUUUCCCUCCUUGUUCACUGUGUUUUUAUGUACUAUUUUUCAAACCGAAUAAGUCCCUACCUCAGAAUGGAUUUUCAGUGCUGUUAAUUUUUUAUUAUUAUUAUUAUUAUUAUUGACUCUUGAUGGCACCACUGCGCCCCCUUCGGAAAGAAUGUGACCUUUUUUUUCUCAAAGGAAUAACAUAUUGGUCACUGGUGAAUAGCUUUGCCGUUUUGCAGCAGAAGUUGUUAACUGUUUGAGAAUUGGAUCCCGUGCUGAAUUGCAGUUAGCUCAAUUUGAGUGCCUUUUUUUAUUCUGAAUUGCAGCUGUGCGCAGACGUUAGUACAGCAACGCAACAUUUGCAGCUUAAGUAUGUCACACUUGCAAGGUCCCUCACUUCCAUCACGGAAGUCAGCUGCUGGGCUCACGAUAGCUGCUCUGCACUUCUGAUCCCAGGUAGCACAUGACACUAUUUAUUAAUUGAAGCAAAACACCUGACUAGUAGUGGGAUAACGUUUGAAUUUUGAAACUUGCAUUGUCUCUAGGGUACAAUGUUGGACUAGGUUAGGUUGCUUCCGAGCACCAUGGCUAAAGGGUGCAGAUGAUGGGAUGAGUACGUCUUUCUUGUCUCGUUGUCUGCAUAGUUUUCUGAGUUGUCCUUUUUUUUAUUCUGCGCUACAGUACAGUCAGACUUCGAUAGUGCCAAAAAGCCUUUUGAGGUAAAACACGUACAACUCAUACCCGAUUCAGAUGGCUCAUCAAGGUAUUCAACCGCCGAGUGUGAGACCACAUAGUACUUCAUUUCUGGUUCUGCUGGCUGCACAAAGCUAGGUGUGGGAAAUUGUCUGUAUACUUUCAUUUGAAAGUGGGUUGAAAACUGCAAUGAACUCAUUCAUUUCCUAGCUACACUAUCAGCACUAAUAGUAUCGCAUGUCUAGGAGGCUUUACAGGCAUUGCCAGUGAAUGGUUUUCCUCAUGUUUUUUUUUUAUGCUGGAGCUCUCUGGCAUCAUUCCAACAUACUCAUUAAACUGUCAUCAUCAGUACCUGAAAAUGCACCUAUGUAAGCCUCUAAAGAUAGGCAGACUGUUUUUGUCUCAUUGUUGCAUACCAUAUUGUUGACUAACAGACAUGUUGCUGAAAAAAAAAUCUGCUGUACUAACAUUGUUGUAUCACUCGAUAGACCAUUAUCGCUCUUCCGUCAGACAAGUAAAUCUUCACUCUUGUGAAAUUUUUGCUGUCGGUUUUUGAAAGCGUGGCUGCACCAGAGGUCUAUCUCUUGCGCUGCUUGCUAUUGUUUUGCCAUUGGCAUGCAAUUAAUUGGUUGCCUUAGCGUUGCAGCCAUGUUAACGAUUUACACCGACAGCUUGUCAGCGUGCUACCUGGGAUCAAGGCUAUUUCACCUAUGCUAUCCAACCCUAAAUCCUGAUCUUGUGCACAAAAGAAUCCACUGCCCCUCAUUUCACGAUGUUUUGAGUGUUUAGGGGACCUAUGAUUAAGAAAAAAAAAGGCACUCGCUUAGUUUUAGUUGGUGCUUACCGUUGUUAUUUAUUGACUGUUACGUAAAAAUUUUUAACAUUGCAUGGCGUCUGGCAGCUUGCACGUUUCAUAUCGAUGCACUUCUUUAGUGUUAGAGAAACACUGCGACAAAACCCAGACCUCAUUGGAACCUUUACUUGCAGAUGGUUUUUACCACCUGUUCUCUCCCUCUCUCUCUCUCUUUUUUUUUUUAUUCGAAUGUAUACUUACUUUAACUAUCACCUGUGACAGAUAGUGCUGCUCCACCUUUUCAGGUAGAUAUUUUUUAAGCAUCAGAAAUUACCCGCAGUGAGAAAUUGCAAUCUCCUAUUCAAUUACAGUUGAAUCGCAAUGUAACAAAUACAUGUAGUUAUACAGUCGACUUCUGUUAAUUUGUCCCUGACAGGACCAACGAAGAUGAUUGACUCGUCCAAUGGGUUGAAUGUAAUUAAGAGGGGGGAAAAGAUGUUGGAACAUGCCGCCGAUUCAUCAGGCAGUAUUUGCUCAAUCAAACGCACACCCUUGUUAUGUUUGUCAAAAAGAAAAACGACAUAGAAAUGAGAGCGCAGCGCAUGCCCAAUUUUUAACACGACAGAACUAGCAUGCCUCCAAAUAGGGCAAUACGGUGAGCCCAGUAAGCUUUAGCUUUUAGCCUGAAGUGACCAUUUAGGCUCACAAAUGUCUCUGUGGCAGGCAGAAAGUACGUCUUUUCAGCAGUGAGCAAUGGGUAUUGGGUUUAUCCACUGUCUCCUAAGCUUGGCUACCACUGAUGCCACAACAAUGGCAUUGCUAUGGGGCUCAUGGUCAGUGUCCGACACGUGGGCUGGCCAGUGAAGGUCAAAUUUCUCAGUGAAGGACAAAAUUAAGAUUGAAAUAACAGAACCCUUGGCCCACAGAAACAUACAGGUACUGGCUGGGACCUUUGGUAGGAUUAAAAAAAAAAAAAACUGAAAGAUUGAAUAUAAAAGAAGUCUUGCUGUAUAACUAAUGCCGGAUAUAAUAACAUAAAUUUGAAAUUUUUGCUAUGUCAACAUGUAUGCUUAUAACGAAUAGUGACAGUGAUAUUGCGUGACAGUAACAUUGCGUUGUACGCAACUUUAUUAUACGUAACAAGAAUCGAAUGUUUAGGGCGAUGCUGUAAUUGCAGGAAUGAAGUUGCGUAACAGCGAAGUCGCGUGCACCAAGUACAAAUUUUAAGAUGCACUAGCUUCGAGACAUCCAUCCCCAAAACCUGUUCCAAACUUGCAAAAACCUAAUCUGAAAUAGCAAGAAGAGGAAAAUUCUUAACUGGAACACAAAUGCAUUCCGUAGCACUGUUUUGAAGGCGGAUAUUUCGAAACUGGUGCUACUGCUUCAUGCGGCUAACCAUACAUGACUUCACGAUUUUGCUCAGCUUCACCACGUCUUCAAGUUUAAAUGAUGAAAAAAAAACCAGUGUUGAUAAUGGAAAUUUUUAAUGAGUUAAACGAGCAUUGCAAUUUGUCGUGCAGGUAAUGUCAGCCUUUUGGGCAAUUCCACCUGAACAGGCGGGAUGGCGCUAUGUGCUCUGGGCAAUUAAAAAGACUUUCAAUUGGAACAAAAUUCUCUUUGUAACUGUACCCUGUCUUAUUGUUUAGAUGCAUCAUUAUCUCAUAUUGACAGCUUUACAAUAUCAGAUUGCAUAUGCCUUACGUUACAGCAUUUUGUUAUGGCAUUUCUAUGACGUACCUUAUGAGAAAUCUUAUGAUGCAAGAAGAAACCAUGACACAGCAGAACAUGGUGAAAAAGAAUGCGUUCAGCAGCUUUAUAUAGAGAAAAAUAUCUGAUUUUAAACAUUGAAUGCUGUAUUGCUUGAUUUUACACACAAAAAAAAAUGUUGCUGCACAAUGACGUGCUAAUGAAUACAUCAAGACAGUCAUAAACAUCCAUUGUGCUGCAGCAGGCAGUUCCAUGUCUUUCUUUUGCACAAUUAUUUUUAUUUGAUACCUUAUUACACUGUGCGUCUGAUGAAGACAAAUUCAGUAUUUAUUUUCAUAACCCUAUACGCAUAUUACCUACGUAGUCAUUACCAGAUGGUAACUAGCAGCUAUAUGCAAUCUCUGUUCUUUUCCACAUAUUGAACCGAGUUCCAUGUUGGUGCUAUGCGUGUUUCUUCAGUGUAUCAUGUUGUGUAACACGUUUGUGGUGACACACAACAUUGGCAGUGUUGACAUGAUGUGUAACCUAAAGAUUUAUGAUUUUUGGCAAACUUAUAUUGCUGAUAUGAUUAAAAAUGUAAAUAUUGCCUUUUA